CGCCGCCUCCCUCAUGUCCUGAGUGCGCGCUCCCGCCGGUGACUGUUGUGUGGAGCAGCUGUCGGUCGGAUCGGAGCUGCGGGUCCACAUACACACACACACACACACACACACACUCACUCAGACGCGGAGUGGUUGUUUCUGCUCCUCAUGAGCAGAACCUCUGUCCGGUCCACUUUGCGCCUCUCCGCUGCUUCCGUCCUUCCUCCGCCGGACUUCAGCUCGGGACGGUUCUGUGCGCUCAUGUGCGGCUGAGAAGUGUUUCCACGGACGAGCGAUGUUUCUGUCCCCGUCUUUUGUCUGAUGCGAGUCGGGAUUAAAAGACCCUCCGAGCUGCCUUGCUUCUGGUCGAAGGUGGAGGGGAGGCUAAUUUAGGCUGAAGCCUGAACUUUUUCGGUUCGGGGCAGGGAUGUCUUCGGCUCGGGUGGAUUACAUCGCGCCCUGGUGGACUUACUGGCUGCACAAUUUCCCUCAUAUCAACCUGAGGUUCCAGCCCACGGACAACAGCUUCCAGCCCGAGGAGGAGAACUACCAGCAGUCGCUCAUCUUCCUGGGCUGCGUGGCGGCCGCCGGCCUCGGCCUCAACCUGCUGUGUCUGGCCGUCUACCUGAGCUGCCUGUGCUGCUGCCGCAAAGAUGAAGAGGAGGAGAGCAAGAAGUCCAACUCGUGCUGCGUCACCUGGUCCGCCGUCACCGCCGGCCUCAUCACAUGCGUCGCAGUGGGUGUGGGUUUCUACGGCAACAGCGAGACCAAUGACGGCGUGUACCAGCUGACCUACUCGCUGUACAACGCCAACCACACGCUGGGCGGCGUGGACAGUCUGGUGACGGGCACCAUGGGCAGCAUGAAGAGCGGCCUGCACCAGCACCUCGCCAGGCUGGACGAGAUCUUCGCCACCCGCGGCGACUACGUGCAGACCCUGCAGUUCAUGCAGCAGAUGGCCGACAACGUGAUCAAGCAGCUGCUCGGUUUGCCCGACUGGGCGCAGGCGAAGGUGGACUUGGCGGUCGUCGCCGAUCAAAUGGCAAACGUCGAGUACUACAGGUGGCUCAGCUACCUGCUGCUCCUCAUCGUGGACCUGAUCAUCUGCCUGCUGGCCUGCCUCGGGUUGGCCAAGCAGUCUCGCUGGCUGCUCACCACGAUGAUGGUGUUCGGAGUGCUGACGCUGGUCCUGAGCUGGACGUCUCUGGGAGCUGACCUGGCCACCGCUGUGGGCACGAGUGACUUCUGUGUGUCCCCUGACAAAUACCUCCUGAGCCAAACCAAGGGGAUCAUCGGUGCUGAUAUCGUUCAUUACUACCUUUACUGCAACCAGACUCUCACCAACCCCUUCCAGCAGCCUCUGACCAUCUUCCAGAGGUCCCUGACCACCAUGCAGAUCCAGAUCCAGGGUCUCCUGCAGUUUGCCGUGCCUCUGUUCCCCACAGCCGAGAGAGACCUAGUGGGCAUCCAGCAUGUGCUGAAUUCCUCAGAGGCCAGUCUGCACCAGCUGACCGCCCUGCUGGACUGCAGGGGGCUCAACAAGGACUACCUGGACGCGAUGGUGGGGGUGUGCUACGAUGGCGUGGAGGGCGUGCUCUACCUCUGCCUCUUCUCCACCCUGGCAGCCUGUGCCUUCACUGUCAUGCUGUGUGCCAUUCCCAGGGCAUGGAGACAAAUUGCCUGCAGGGAGCGAGAUUACGACGACAUUGACGAGGAGGAUCCAUUCAACCCGCGGGUCAGGAGGGUCGCCGCUCAGAACCCCAACCUCACCAACAUGCACAGCUUCUGCAGCUACAGCAGCAGCAUGGGCAGCCAGACCAGCCUCCACCCGCCCGCCCCGGCCGUCUCCAACGCCCCCAUGUCCGAGUACAUGAACCACACAGCUCUGUUCGGGGGAAAUCCGCGGUACGAGAACGUGCCUCUGAUAGGACGAGGCUCUCCACCCCCGUCGGUAUACUCUCAGCAGUAUAGAAACAGAUACUCCCCCAGCAUGAGGGCCACCUAUCUGUCCAUGACCGAGGAACAGAGACGACAGUUUGGGAACGACUUCCAAGCAUAGACUUCUUUAUCUCCACACACACACACACACACACACACACACACACACACACACACACAGAGAGAGUGUGGCUCUUCCAAGCGUUACCGAGGACGGUGUGUAACAUCUUGUUAGUCCAGGACUCAGGACAAAGGAGCCACACUCACAAAUGAUUAAUCACAUGUUUCUGUCUGAUGUGGGGGGAACUUGCUAAAUACUGCGUUACUAAUACUUUGUUAAAAAAAAGAAAACAAGAGGAUGUGACAGCAAAGACUCGACCGUCUGCUGUACGAAGAGGAAGCUGAUGAUUAAUAACUGUGAUGUUGCAGUAAAGCGUAGAAAUGUGGUCACGAUAACAUAAAAAAAAGGCAGUUUGAAGUUUCCAAAAAUAACCCCUUACAUUCAGGUGACGUAAACACGACAUGUUGUUUUGUACGUAUUGUGCUUCAUGCUUGAUGUUGUGAAGCACAACCCGGCACUGUCGGCACACAGCAGGAGGUGUUGUUGAGGUUUUUAAUUUAUUUACAUUCACACACAGACGCCUGCGAGCAAAGCUUUAUUCUUUUUUGUUUCCCCCCUCCGGAGAGACGAGACGACCUUGAGACCACGGCUUCUGUAUAUAAGUUGUACAAUAACAGACUGUUGACUCAUUCUGAUGUGUUUUUAUUUUGUUUAAACAAUGUGCCAUUUUUUUAAUAUAUUUUUUCUAGUUUUUUGUGGGGAUGUCACAUAAGAUCAGUUUUUUAUUUUCUUCAGGCCAUUCACUCACAUUCUCCGCCUACUUAAUCCAGCUAACACAAAAAAAGUUGUAGUUUUUCCGAUCGUAGCUUUGAGAAGCUGUGCUGCUCUAACCGUGAUUAAUGAGAAUAUUCAGGUAAUUAUUAUUUUUUUAUCGUUCAAACCCAUCCAAACGGUCCGUGUUUGUAUCGACUAACAACGACUCUCUGUAGGGAUUUAAUAUAUACACUUUUUUUGUUUAUUAAUUAUUUUUAAGUGUCAUUUAUUUCCGCAUGUUGCAUUGUACAGGCACUGAAGGUGGUGCUUAAUUUUUGUGUGACCUUAAACUUCAGGGUCUUAAUGUGAGUUGAAUAAAUCAGUUUUGAGUAAAA